AUGUUCCAGCCAAACCCCCAAGACCACCUUCACCUGCGCCUACACCGGGCCCGGUCAGUCAUUCUGACCGCCGAGGAACUCGUCGAGAUCCGCGCCGCCCAACGCACCUUUGAAGGCGCCUACAUGCGCACCGCCCUCUCGCAAUUCUCCUUUGCCCUCAUCAUCCUCAAAAUCUUCACGUCAGAGUUCUACGCCAUUGGUGCCCUCUUCGCCGUCUACGGCGCCGCCAUCAUGCUCGUCGCCAUCUUUCGCCGCCACGAGGGCAACCGCCAGUUCUUCACCUCCCCGAAACAGGACGAAGGCAGCGGCGCCGUCACGGGCGUCGUCCGCAAGUUCCGCACCAGCGGCAACAGCGUCGCGCUGCUCACCGUGCUCAGCCUGGCUGCGUAUAUCACGCUUUUGGUGCUUACUUGGCAGCUUGUGCAGUGA